AUGGCCAUCAAUCAUCAAGAAUUUAAUGCAUUUGCUCAAAGGUAUUUCAAGACUAAUGUAGACUUUCUACCUGAUGAAAUUCGAGGGUCGGUGGAGAAGAUGUAUCUCCUUGUAAAAGAAGAACAGGCCCGACAAGUUAGUCUCACGUCUUUCGAUAUCAGUAAAUUUCUCCUACUUAUACUUGGUCUUAGUAUUGUGUUAGUAUUACUAACAUUAGUGGUUGUUGCAAUAGUCAUUGUCAGCCGAAGACGAUCUAGGAAUGAGUCAUUGCCUGAAGGUUCCUCGGUAAAUCAAGUGGCACAGCUUAGUACUAUGGUUGAAUCUUCUAGAGCUAAUGAUGUAGGUGUUAAACCUAGCAAUUCGUCUGAUGAGGAUAAUAUUGGAACGGGCCAAUCUAGCCCAUACCAACUCUUCUUAAAUCGCUAUGGGAAGGCCUCGGUUAUCCACCCCUCAUUAUCUUCUCUUCACAGCCGGCAAUCAUGUCUUGAGUCAUUGGACGACACCACUUCCAUUGAAGAAUCUCCCACCCUACAACAAGCUCAAGUAAACCUAUGCCAGCAACAGAUACAGCUGCUAGAUCAACUAGCCCAAUCAAUGGAGGAAGAUCAACAAAGCCUACAACAGGGCCACCACAGCGACCGGGCAGCCCAACUCACACAACCAUCGCCGUCAACACCAUCAGAUGCACAUGAACGAUAUCAGCAAGCGUUAAAAAUAAUGCGCCAACGGCACCAUCAACACUGUCUGCAAUUGUCACAGCAAAAAGAACAACUAAAAGGUCAGAUAGAUACCCUCGACAAAACAACAAUCUUAAGUGGGCACCUACUACAGCCCUCGGCACAGAAAUAUCGACUGGAAAUACGAAGCCAGCUACAACAACGCCAAGAAGUGCGAGAACAAUGCAUCGCCAAAUUAGACGCACUAGACAAACUAAUUCAUGAGCUAGCCCAAACAACCGAACCGACCCGAGAGCAAACCGCCACUUUAACGAAACUAGAGGAGGAAUAUCAAAAGCUGCUACCAAAACUAUAA